AUGUGUAUCGGCGGCGAACAACAGAACAUAAUCCUAGAACAGCAACAGCAAGAGAUAAAACACUGCCAAAAAUAUAAAUAUCUUGGCAUGCACAUUACCAACGAUGGUAGCCUUGAUGAAGAAAUUAAGUGCAGAAACAACCAGCGAAGACAAGCGAUUAGACAACUCAACAUUAAAAGUAUCAUUAGUUAUGGUAGUGAAGUAUGGCUUUUGAAAGAAAGAAACCUUAAGUUACUCGAAGCUACAGAAAUGGACUUUUGGAGGUGUACGGCCGGAAAAUCGAAACUGGAUAGAGUUAGAAAUGAAAGAAUUCAGAACAUCAUGGGCGUUAAACACAGAAUAUCAGAAGACAUCAAAAUUAACCAACUCAUGUGGUACGGGCACGUACAAAGAAUGGAAGAGAGCAGAAUCCUGAAAAAAUACUCAAUUGGACACCACAAGGCAAACGAAAGAGAGGGAGAUCUAGACGGAGUUUGA